UCACAUUUUAUUUCUUUAUAUGCUCCAAAAUCUCUUCCCAUUAAUUCCAUCUCUUCUUCCCUUCUGUCUCUGUCUCCCAUUAAUUCUUUGCAUUUCCUCUUUUUAUGCACCCAAACACCUUACCUCAACAUUGCAUGUCUCUCUCUAAUACUACCUCUCUUCUUCCCAUUCAAAACCCUAGUUUUCACCUUUUUUAUUAAUCUUCAUCUGAAACUUCAUAUAUAUCCAACAUGUCCGCCGCGAUCGCCGCCGCCGCUGCCGCUGCUUUAUCAUCAAGAAAUCUUGAAAACCACCACCACCACCACCACCAGAGUCGCCACCAACAAUUGCAGCAGGUAACACUAUCACCAACACCGCCGCCACCAUCAUCAUCGCUACCGCUAAGUCGUUACGAGUCUCAAAAGAGAAGAGACUGGAAUACUUUUGGUCAGUAUCUGAGGAACCACAGGCCACCGUUAGCACUGUCACGGUGCAGCGGAGCUCAUGUUCUUGAAUUCUUGAGAUACCUUGACCAAUUCGGCAAAACCAAAGUGCAUAACCAAACUUGUCCAUUCUUCGGCCACCCGCAUCCUCCAGCUCCUUGUCCUUGCCCACUUAAGCAAGCGUGGGGUAGCUUAGACGCUCUCAUCGGCCGCCUUCGAGCCGCCUUUGAAGAGAACGGUGGACUCCCUGAGACUAACCCAUUUGGUGCACGCGCUGUGAGAUUGUACCUCAGGGAAGUGAGAGAUGCACAGGCUAAAGCUAGAGGAAUAGCUUAUGAGAAAAAGAAGAGGAAGAAGCCACCGCAACAGCAACAGCCGAUGCAAUCUAAUGGUUACAGUGAUCAAAUUCAGCAAGGUGGUGAUGGCGGUGGCGGUGGCGGAGGAGGUGGAGGUAGUGGUGGGUUUGUUCAAAUACAUAUGCCAAGUAGGGUUAUGGUUAACAUGGUUGAUCAUUUAUCUGUUUUCAAUUGAAAUUAGUGGCUAUGCUAAUUGCUAGGGUUUAUGUAUUUUUAGUGUUUAAUUAUUAUAUAUUAGAUCCUUUUUAUUUUCUUGUUUUUA